AUGGAAUUAGAUCUUAGUUUUGAAAACAAAAUCCCUUGUCUUUUUGGAGAUUAUCCUAAAUAUUCUUCUAUGAAAUUAGAUAUCCCCACAAUUGUUUCCUCUAAAUUUAAUUCCCCAUUUUCAUAUUCACCAUCACAUUGCACCACAUUUUUGAACCAAAAUUAUUGCAAUCCAUUUAAGGAACAUCAUCUGAAGGGGUCAAAUCAUCACUCUAGUUUUCCUACAGUGGUUCCUUCCUCCAUAGGCCCAAUCACUAUGAUCCCGACCCCUUCGUAUAAGGCUACACAUAACAAUGGGUCCCAUAGAGAAUCUACCGGUGCUCAAAAUCCAAUGAUGUUUGAAUCAAACAAUAACAAAAUGAAAACUAUGCACGGUCGCCUAAAUACUAGCAAAGGAGUUUGGGAUUUGUCCAAAAAAAAUAUCUUUCAGUAUGGUGAAACUUCACAACCUCAGGUGAGUCAAUCUUUACCACCAUCACUAGUUUAUGAUGCAGAUCCAUCUCCAUCAAUUAAGCGUAAGCAUCAAGGAGAUCUUUCAUCCAAUGGUGAAAUUGAAAAUAAACCCCAAGAAAAUGAUCUAGGACUCGUUCUUAGUGACCAAAAGCGACAAAAUAUGAGUCAAAAGAAUAGUGAAAUUCGACACAAGGAUCCCGAUACAAUCAAAGGCCAAUGGACUGCAGAUGAGACUAGCAAUCUUGUGGAAUUGGUGGAUACCUUUGGGUAUGAUUGGUCUAUGAUAGCUAAGUUUAUGAAUGGUAGGAACGGAAAACAAUGCAGGGAGAGAUGGUAUAACCAUCUUCAACCAAAAAUUAAGAAAGCGUCAUGGAGCGAAGAGGAGGAAAAAAUACUGAUUGAAGCUCAUAAGAGACUUGGAAACAAGUGGACUAAAAUUGCAAGAAUGUUACCCGGGCGCACAGAUAAUGCUAUCAAGAACCAUUGGAACACUGCUAUACGCACCCAAUCCCGCAAGUACAAAAGGAACGGAUGGAGUAGUUCGAAAAAUUCAAUACUUCAGAAAUACAUUAAUGAAAUCACUUCUACUAAGGAAGUUGAGAAAGAUCACGAUGAAGAAUUGGCAACUGAAGAGGAUGAACAACCUGGUGGCUAUAUGGAAGUGAUGUGCAAUAAUGGUGAAAAUGGAAUGGAGUUUUUUGUUGAGGUUCCCAUGAAGGAGGAAAUGGAUUUCAUGGAGAUGAUAUGUAAAAAUCCAUAA